UGGAGGGUCGGGGCUCGGCGCGCGACCGAGCGGCUCUCUGGACAACCUGGUUCUCUUCGCAAUGAAGAAAGAAGGAAAGGGGAUUUAUAUAUAUAUAUAUUUAAACUUCACCACUAUUAUUUCUUUUUCAAAUCGUUUAACUGGAGGAAGAUUUUAUUUCUCUUUGCUGAAUCGUGAUUUGAGGAAGCCAUGAGCUCGGGGGAAGGAGAGGACGUGUGUAAGGACGGAGCCGAUGUAGCGGCGCUCUUUAGAGCCGACUGUUCUCUUCCGAAGUGUGACCCCAAGCUUGAUUUAGCGGGACACACAGGCUUCAACAGAAAUGAGGAGAUGAAGGCCAUCGAGGUGCUGCCCAUUCUGAAAGAGAAAGUGGCUUUUCUAUCAGGAGGUCGAGAUAGACGGGGAGGCCCGGUUCUCACUUUCCCAGCCAGGUCCAACCAUGACCGAAUAAGACAGGAGGAUCUGCGACGCCUCAUUGCUUACCUCGCAGGCAUCCCCAGCGAGGAGGUCAGCAGGCAUGGCUUCACCGUCAUCGUCGACAUGCGAGGUUCCAAAUGGGACUCCAUCAAACCUCUGCUGAAGAUCUUGCAGGAGUCGUUCCCGUCCUGCAUCCACGUCGCGCUCAUCAUCAAACCCGACAACUUCUGGCAGAAGCAGAGGACCAACUUUGGCAGCUCUAAGUUCGAGUUUGAGACCAUAAUGGUGUCUCUGGAGGGCUUGUCCAAGGCAGUGGACCCAUCACAGCUGACAGCCGAUCUGGAGGGAAGUCUGGACUAUGAUCAUGAAGAAUGGAUUGAGGUGCGUGUGGCCUUUGAGGAGUUUGCAGGAAACGUGGCGCGUGCACUCUCCCGCCUCAAGGAGCUCCAGGAGCUGGUGUCACGCCGCGAGCUCCCUGGGGACCUGGAGGUGGCACGAUGUGCUAUGGACGAGCACAGUGCUCUGAAGAAACGUGUAGCCAAGGCUCCAACUGAGGAACUGGAAGCUGAGGGCCAACGGCUGCUGCAGCGUGUACAGGCUGGAACGAAGACUGGGGGAGAUGUACAGGGCCUGACGCCCAGGGUCUCAGCUCUGCUGGAGGAACUGCGCUCUGCACGCCAGCACCUGCACCAGGCCUGGCAUGGCCGAAAGCUCAAACUGGACCAGUGCUUCCAGUUGAGGCUCUUCGAACAGGACGCUGAGAAGAUGUUUGACUGGAUUGUUCACAACAAGGGCCUUUUCCUGACCAGCUACACUGAGAUUGGCGCCAACCACCAGCACGUACUGGAGCUGCAGACCCAACACAACCACUUCGCUAUGAACUGCAUGAACGUGUACGUGAAUAUCAGCCGCAUCGUAGCAGUGGGCAAGCGGCUCCUGGAGGGUGGUCACUACGCAGCAAUGCAGAUCCAGCAGCUCUCAGCGCAGCUUGAGCGAGAGUGGAAAGCCUUCGCUUCAGCACUGGAUGAGAGAAGCGCUAUGCUGGAGAUGUCGGCCAGCUUCCACCAGAAAGCAGACCAGUACCUGAGUAAUGUAGAGUCAUGGUGUAAGGCAUGUGGUGAGGGUGAACUCCCCUCAGAGCUUCAGGACCUGGAAGAUACCAUUCACCAUCACCAAGGACUUUACGAACACGUCACAACUGCUUACUCCGAGGUGAGUCAAGAUGGGAAAGCACUACUGGACAAACUCCAGCGCCCUUUGACUCAAGGCAGCGCCGAUUCGUUAACAGCAUCGGCCAACUACUCCAAGGCGGUGAACCACGUCCUGGACAUCAUCCACGAGGUGCUGCAUCACCAGCGGCAGCUGGAGAACAUCUGGCAGCACCGCAAACUCCGUCUGCACCAGCGCCUGCAGCUCUGCGUCUUUCAACAAGAUGUCCAACAGGUCCUGGACUGGAUCGAGAAUCACGGCGAGGCUUUUCUCAGCAAGCACACAGGAGUGGGGAAGUCCCUGCACCGAGCACGAGCUCUGCAGAAACGCCAUGAAGAUUUUGAAGAGGUGGCACAGAAUACAUACACUAAUGCUGACAAACUGCUGGAGGCGGCCGAACAGCUGGCUCAGACCGGCGAGUGUGACCCGGAGGAGAUCUACCAGGCUGCCCAUCAGUUGCAGGACCGCAUUCAGGACUUUGUGAGGCGCGUGGAGCAGAGAAAAGUCCUCCUGGACAUGUCCGUGGCUUUCCAUACUCAUGGCAAAGAGCUGUGGACAUGGUUGGAGGAGCUGCAGAAGGAGCUGCUGGAUGAUGUGUAUGCCGAGUCGGUAGAGGCCGUGCAGGAUCUGAUCAAGCGUUUUGGGCAGCAGCAGCAGACCACACUGCAGUUUACCGUCAACGUCAUCAAAGAGGGCGAGGAGCUCAUUCAACAGCUCAGAGACUCCGCAAUCUCCAGUAACAAAACUCCGCACAACAGCUCGAUGGCACACAUUGAAAGUGUGCUGCAGCAGCUGGACGAGGCUCAGGCUCGCAUGGAAGAGCUCUUUCAGGAGAGGAAGAUCAAACUGGAGCUGUUCCUCCAGCUGCGCAUUUUCGAGAGGGACGCCAUUGACGUGAUCUCAGACCUGGAGUCGUGGAGUGAUGAAUUGUCCCAGCAGCUUGGUGAGUUUGACACUGAGGAAUUGACUGUGGCUGAGCAGAGACUUCAGCAGCAUGCAGAAAAAGCGCUCACUAUGAACAACCUGACGUUCCACGCCAUCCACCAGGGCCAGGAGCUGCUGCAGUAUGUCACUGAAGUGCAGGCCUCAGGUAUAGAGUUGUUGUGCGAUCGGGAUGUGGACAUGGCCACACGUGUUCAGGAUCUGCUGGACUUCCUGCAUGAGAAGCAGCAGGAGCUGGACGCAGCGGCUGAGCAUCACCGCCGUCACCUGGAGCAGUGUGUCCAGCUGCGCCACCUACAGGCUGAGGUCAAACAGGUCCUGGGAUGGAUCCGUAACGGUGAGUCCAUGCUGAAUGCCGGCCUGAUCACAGCCAGUUCUCUGCAGGAGGCCGAGCAGCUACAGAGGGAACACGAGCAGUUCCAGCAUGCCAUCGAGAAGACACACCAGAGCGCACUGCAGGUGCAGCAGAAGGCUGAGGCUAUGCUGCAGGCGGCUCACUAUGACAGCGAGACCAUCCGCGAGUGUGCUGAGAAGGUGGCAUCUCACUGGCAGCAGCUCAUGCUCAAGAUGGAAGACCGACUCAAACUGGUCAAUGCUUCUGUGGCCUUCUACAAAACCUCAGAGCAGGUGUGCAGUGUGUUAGAGAGUCUGGAGCAGGAGUACAAGCGGGAAGAGGACUGGUGCGGUGGAUCCGAUAAGCUCGGGCCCAACUCUGAGUCGGAUCACGUGACCCCGAUGAUCAGCAAACACCUGGAGCAGAAGGAGGCCUUCCUCAAGGCAUGCACGUUGGCACGACGCAAUGCAGACGUGUUUAUGAAGUACCUGCACAGGAACAGUGUGAACAUGCCGGGCAUGCUGGCACAGAUCAAAGCUCCUGAACAGCAAGUCAAGAAUAUCCUGAAUGAGCUGCUGCAAAGGGAGAACAGAGUUCUUCACUUCUGGACGAUGAGGAAGAGGAGGCUUGACCAGUGCCAGCAGUAUGUGGUGUUUGAGCGCAGUGCAAAGCAGGCUCUGGAGUGGAUCCACGAUACAGGCGAGUUCUACUUGUCCACACACACGUCAACAGGCUCCAGCAUCCACCACACACAGGAACUGCUGAAGGAGCAUGAGGAGUUUCAGAUCACAGCCAAGCAAACCAAAGAGCGGGUGAAGCUGCUGAUCCAGCUGGCAGACGGCUUUUGUGAAAAGGGCCACUCCCAUGCGGGCGAGAUCAAGAAAUGGGUGGUAUCAGUGGACAAGCGCUACCGCGACUUCUCACUCCGUAUGGACAAAUACCGCUGCUGUCUGGAAAAAGCGCUGGGGAUAUCCUCUGAUUCCAACAAGAGUAAAGACCUGCAGCUGGACAUCAUUUCAGCAAGCGCGCCUGGAGCUGAGGUCAAGCUCCGAGACGCCAAUCAUGAGCUCAACGAGGAGAAGCGCAAGUCGGCUCGGCGAAAAGAGUUCAUAAUGGCUGAGCUGAUCCAGACAGAGAAGGCCUAUGUCAGAGACCUGCGCGAGUGCAUGGACACAUAUCUUUGGGAGAUGACCAGCGGUGUGGAGGAGAUUCCACCAGGGAUCGUCAAUAAAGAGCACAUCAUUUUCGGCAACAUGCAGGACAUUUACGAGUUCCACCACAACAUUUUCCUGAAAGAGCUGGAGAAAUAUGAGCAGCUGCCUGAAGAUGUUGGUCAUUGCUUUGUCACAUGGGCGGACAAGUUCCAAAUGUACGUGAACUAUUGUAAGAACAAGCCGGACUCCACUCAGCUUAUCUUGGAUCAUGCCAGCUCCUAUUUUGACGAGAUCCAGCAGAGACACAGGCUGGCAAACUCCAUCUCCUCCUAUCUCAUUAAACCUGUGCAGAGAAUCACCAAGUACCAGCUGCUCCUCAAGGAGCUUCUGACCUGUUGUGAGGAGGGCAAAGGUGAGAUCAAGGACGGCCUGGAGGUCAUGCUCAGCGUGCCCAAGAAAGCCAACGAUGCCAUGCACCUCAGCAUGCUAGAGGGUUUCGAUGAGAAUCUCGAGUCUCAGGGCGAGCUCAUCCUGCAGGAAUCUUUCCAGGUGUGGGACCCCAAGACGCUGAUCCGCAAGGGUCGAGAGCGCCACCUCUUCCUGUUUGAGAUGUCGCUCAUCUUCAGCAAAGACGUCAAAGACUCUAAUGGCAGGAGCAAGUACCUAUACAAGAGCAAGCUACUGACCUCUGAACUGGGAGUGACGGAGCACGUGGAAGGAGAUCCAUGUAAAUUCGCACUCUGGGUCGGACGCACGCCUACCUCAGACAACAAGAUCGUCCUGAAGGCCUCCAGCAUUGAGAAUAAGCAGGAGUGGAUCAAACACGUGCGUGAAGUGAUUCAGGAACGUACCAUUCACCUGCGGGGGGCUCUGAAAGAACCCAUCCACAUCCCUAAAACCACCACGGGAGCAAGACUGAAGGGACGAAGAGAAGGGGAGGAGCUGGACAGUCAGGGUGACGUGAGCAGCCAGCCAGACACAAUCUCCAUUGCCUCCCGCACCUCCCAGAACACCCUGGACAGUGACAAGCUGUCUGGUGGCUGCGAGUUGACUGUGGUCAUCCAUGACUUCAUGGCCAGUAAUGGCUCAGAGCUGAGUGUGAAGCGAGGUCAGACCGUGGAGGUGCUAGAGAGGUCUCUGGAUAGACCCGAUUGGUGCCUGGUGCGCACUACUGACCGCUCACCCGCCCAGGAAGGGUUGGUACCCAGUGCCAUGCUCUGCAUUGCCCACUCUCGCAGCAGCAUGGAGAUGGAGGGGAUCUUCAACCAUAAAGACACCCUCUCCGUUUCAAGUAAUGAAGGGGGAAUAUCAGGCAGCGCCACCCUGCAGCCAGGGCACCUGCACGGCUCGCCCGGUGGCAAGCGUCCUGGAAAUACCCUGCGCAAGUGGUUGACAAGUCCAGUGCGACGUCUUAGCAGCGGUAAAGCAGAUGGACAUGCCAAGAAACUCGCACAUAAGCACAAAAAGAACCGCAAGAGUGGAGAAUCGCAGAGGGACUCGGACGAAAAUGCGGCAACACCACAGGACGAGUCUCUCGAGGAGAGGAUGAGAUAUGAGGGCCUGAGCAGCGGCACACUUUCCAAAUCAUCCUCUUCAGGCAUGCAGAGCUGUGGAGAGGAAGAGGGAGAAGAGGGCGCCGAUUCCGUGCCUUUGCCACCACCAAUGGCCAUUCAACAGCAUAGCCUCCUCCAUCAGGACUCGCAGGAUGAAAAGGCUUCCCGCCUUUCUGGGCGGCCCAGCAGUUCAGAGACCCCAAGUGCUGCUGAACUUGUCAGCGCCAUUGAAGAACUUGUCAAGAGCAAGAUGAGUCUGGAGGAUCGGCCAAGUUCUCUCUCAGUUGAUCAUGUAGACAGCAACAGUCCCUCCUGUAACCCCUCAGAUAACUCCCUGCUCUCUUCUUCUUCACCUGCUGAAGAGAUGGAUGAACGCAAAACAAGCAUACUCAAGAAGCGCCACUAUGUACUUUUGGAGCUGGUCGACACAGAGCGAGACUAUGUUAGAGACCUGGGUGCGGUGGUGGAGGGCUACAUGAGCCGUAUGAAGGAGGAGGGGGUUCCGGAUGACAUGAAGGGCAAAGACAAGAUUGUGUUCGGAAACAUUCAUCAGAUCUAUGACUGGCACAAAGACUUCUUCCUGGCUGAACUGGAAAAGUGCCUGGAGGAUCCCAAUAGGCUAGCAUCUUUGUUCAUCAAACAAGAGCGCCGAUUACACAUGUACAUCGUCUACUGCCAGAACAAACCCAAAUCUGAGCACAUUGUAUCUGAGUACAUAGACACAUAUUUUGAGGAUCUAAAGCAGCGCUUGGGCCACAGGCUGCAGAUCACAGACUUGCUUAUCAAACCUGUACAGAGGAUUAUGAAGUAUCAGCUCCUGUUAAAGGACUUUCUAAAGUUCUCCAAAAAGGCUGGCGUCGAUUCGGCAGAAUUAGAGAAAGCAGUAGAGGUCAUGUGUGUUGUGCCCAAACGCUGCAACGAUAUGAUGAACGUGGGACGUCUCCAGGGCUUCGAUGGCAAAAUUGUAGCUCAGGGCCGGCUCCUCCUCCAAGACACAUUUAUGGUGUCAGAUCAGGAUUCCAGCCUACUCUCCCGGGCCAAGGAGAGGCGUGUCUUCCUCUUCGAGCAGAUCGUUAUCUUUAGUGAGCCACUUGAUAAGAAGAAGGGCUUCUCUACUCCAGGAUAUCUGUUCAAGAGUAGCAUCAAGGUCAGCUGGUUGGGUCUGGAGGAGAGUUCAGACAGCGACCCCUGUAGGUUCAUUCUCACAUCGAGGUCAUCUACAGGUGGCGCAGAGCGCUUCGUCCUUCACUCGUCUAGCCCGGCUGUGUGUCAUACAUGGGUACAACAGAUUAGCAGCAUACUGGAGAACCAGAGGAACUUCCUCAAUGCACUAACAUCUCCCAUCGAGUACCAGCGGAACCAUGUGGGCGCGAGCACUUCCAACCCAGGCACCAGCGUCCCCAUGGGCUCCCGACCUCGUGGAUCCAGAAUUCCCCAACCCAUGCAGCCCCACCCCCCAUCAGCCUCAGGUACGUUCCCUGAGACUUUCGGGACACACCUGCUCGAGGUCCCCUUGAAUGAGCAGCGCGAGGAGACCCGUUCAGUUCCUCGAGCUGCUGUGUCCCCAAUGUCCCUCGCUUUAUCCAGACCUCGAUCAGGGCUUCCUUCACCACUAAUCUCACCUUCAACAAACACCCUGAGUUCAUGCCACUCUGGCAUCAAAGCCUCCUCGUCGUCCAUUUGGGCUUCAGUUCCAGAGCAGAACCAGAAGCGCAAGGAACCGGACCGGGUCAGCACAUGCUCCUCGGCCAGCGAGCACUCCCUGCACAGCAACGGGAGUGAAAGCAGCAGCAGCAGCAGUAGCAGCAUGUCCACCAUGCUGGUGACCCAGGACUAUGUGGCUUUAAAAGAGGACGAGAUCAGCGUGCAUCAGGGCGAGGCUGUGCAGAUCCUGGCUUCCAACCAGCAGAGCAUGUUCCUAGUGUUCCGAGCUCCCACUGAACAGGGCCCGGCAGCAGAGGGAUGGAUCCCCGCCCAUGUCCUAGGCCACACCUCCAUCCGUGCCUCCGACUACACCAACAGCACCCUAAAGAAGUCAUCGUCAUGGCACACAGCGUUACGCAUCCGCCGCAAAUCCGAGAAGAGAGAUAAAGAGGGAAGGAAAGAGUGUCGGCAGGAGAAUAAGGUUUCUGUAAAGCUUCUUAAUCCGAACUACAUCUACGAUGUUCCGCCAGAGUUUCUGGUGCCACUGACUGAUUUGGCUUGUGAGAGCGGAGAGAGCGUGACCUUGCGCUGUAAGGUCGGCGGUCAGCCAAGAGCCUCCGUCUCCUGGCGAGGACCGGAUCAGAGCACUCUGAGUGACGGUGGACGAUACACACUGACACACAGCGAUACGGGCGAGGUGACCCUGCGCGUUUCACCCGCGACCGUAGAUGACGGUGGGACCUACACCUGCACCGCCACUAACGACGUCGGGACGGUCACUUCGUCCUCCUGCCUCAGAGUGCAAGGUACCUACGGUGAUGGAAUAAUCUGGAAGGAGAAUUUCGAGUCGCUCUACACUGAAGUAAUGGAGCUCGGAAGAGGCAGGUUCUCCGUGGCUAAGUGGUGUGAACAGCAAGGUUCACGGCGUUCAGUGGUAGCAAAGUUGGUGAACAAGAAGCUGAUGCGUCGUGAGCAGGUGAUGAAGGAGCUGAACGUGCUUCGCUGCCUGCAGCAUCCCAACGUGGUGGGCCUGCUUGAUACAUUCGAAACCAACAUUAGCUACGUGCUCGUGCUGGAAAUGGCUGACCAGGGUCGUCUCCUGGACUACAUAGUGAGCUGGGGGAACCUGACUGAAGAGAAGGUGGCUCUUUACCUGCGGGACAUAUUAGAAGCUUUACACUACCUGCAUACUUGUAGAAUAGCUCAUCUCGACCUGAAGCCAGAGAAUGUAGUGGUAGAGCAGGCAUCUGCUCAAUCUAUUGUCAAGCUGACAGAUUUCGGCGAUGCCAUGAUCCUAUCUUCUUCCCCCUACAUUCACCCUCUGGUGGGCAGCCCUGAGUUCAGCGCACCUGAAGUGGUGCUUGGCGAGCCAGUGGCUUUGACUUCUGAUCUCUGGAGCGUUGGUGUUCUGGCGUAUGUGUUGCUGAGUGGUGCCUCCCCAUUUUUAGACGAGAGUGCAGAGGAGACGUGCCUCAACAUCUGCCGUCUGGACUUCAGCUUCCCCGAAGACUAUUUUGGAGGUGUGAGCCGAGCAGCGCGUGAUUUUGUGUGUUUGCUAUUACACUCCGAAGCCGCCAGACGACCCUCAGCUCAGGCCUGCCUCCAGGGUGAGCCAUGGCUCCGUCCCCGAGCUGCUUCCGGUUUGGUCCGCCUUGACACUGCACGACUUGUGGCCUUCAUUGAGAGGCGCAAGCACCAGAGUGACUUGAGGCCAAUGGAUAACCUGAGGACAUUUUUAAGAAGCCGGCUGCUGGGUAAGGCAUGACAGAGCACGGAGGGUUCUCCCUUAAGACCUGGUCCUCUUCUACAGAGCGACGUAAUGGUGUAAUGGAAGUGGGUUCCUGAGGCAGGUAUGAAGGCGCCUAGAGCAAGAAGGAAGUCUGAAGCUCGGAAGGUCUCUAGAGGGUGGAGGAAUCAAAUAGUAAAUUUGAUUCUAACUCUGAGCCUUCAGUCUGAGUGAGCCAGCGUUUAAGCCCCAGCAGUCAUCUCAUCCCUCAAGAGUCCAUGCCUCAAGUUUUUUCAUGAAUAUGAAACAGGAGUUUGGAAGAUGGAGGGAGCAUGGAGGAACUCGGAUGUCCGGCAACCACCUCAUCCUCUGUCAAGACUAUCAUGGAUAGUAUGGAGUCAAUCCACAGUGAUGCCCUGAAAGUGGAGACUGAUGUUUUGGUGGAAAAUGCCAAGAAUCUUGAAAGCUCUAAAGAAAGAAUGUGAGCAAAAAUCAUACAUAAAUGGAAAUCCAACUGGAAUCUCGUCCUUUUUAUUUUAAAGCCACGUAAAGUGGCAUGCUGUUUGUAUACUGCUGCUGCUGUUGCUGACAAAACUCUACAACCCUUCCCAACCCUUGAAAUCCCUUAGACCCUGCAUUUGGAAACAAAUCCAGAUCACAUCAGCCUCAUUACCAUGUCCUCUUUGUACAAAAAAAAAAAAAAAUGCACAGAAGCACAAAUGAGACUUUUUUGAGAGUUUUCUUCUAUGAGCCAGUAAAAGGGCAAGCCUUUUGUUUUUGACAGUAUUUUGAAUCAGGUUGUUGCAGUACUGUAUAGCUGUAUUCAGGAAAGCAUUUUGUAUAAAUUAUGUAUAGAAGCACAGCAAAGGAGAUCUUUGACGUUUUGGAGUACAAAAAAAUAUAUAAAGCGAAAGAAAUGAAACUGGUUACGCAUCAUGCUUCCCAUUCAUCUUGGAAUUGCUGUAGCCAUGGAAUCAUAAAGUGCAUCGAACAAGUUUUUCCAGAAAUACUGCACGUAUGAGGAACAAAUCCAUACAUUUUUUUAAAAUUUCAAUUUUGUCCAUUGGAAAUAAAGAAACUGUAGCUGGACCUGUUCAUCUUGGAUGUUUAAGUAUUGUUUUUAAUCUGUCUCUCCGAUGAUUUCUCACCAUUUCACGUUACUUGAAUCGCCAUCUUAAAGGAAAAGUCCACCGUGUACGACUUGCAAAUUACUUAAUGUGAGCCUCGAUGCCCUCCAUGGUUUGUGUUUGUUAUACUUUUUUGUUUUUUUUUUUAAAUUUCAUGGUCUGUUUUUAUUUUGGUAAGUCAUUUUCUACAUUACCCACAAUACCAUUUUGCUGAUAGUGGUGAUAUUGUCUUCACGUCAUCCUUACAUGAAGACUGUGAUCCAGCAGUCCUUUGAGUUUAUCCUGAUCUCACACCUCUUUAUUUUACUCUGUAGAAGUUUCUACUUUCUUGCUAAUAACACCAUCAUGCUUGUCAUUUCAUAGAUCGCUAACUAAACUAGCCGACUCUCUUUCGUGUAGCUUCGUGUUAAGUCUCUCUUCCCUACUUCUACAUUGGAUUCUCAUGAAUUUGAUAUUAAAAGCAUCUGUAACAUGGUGAGAAGCUCUUUUUUUUGUAUUCAUGAGCUAACAGCAAAUAUUUUCCUGGUGUAGUUUACUAUACAUGCUAAUAAGCUUGCUUGCUAGCUAGCUUAGCAAGCAGGCUGCUUUACAACUUUGUGACCCGAUUAACAUAAACCUUCAGUUUGUGAAAAGAAAUUAACAAGGAAGUGUUUAUAUUUUUGCAGUGAUGUAUUUGAUUUCAGAUGCUUUUGCGUUGAAUGAAGCACCCCUUUUGACUUACCAGGUACGCAGGAGUGUCGCGUGAAUGUGCACUCAUAUUUUGUUGGAACCGUGUAUGUGCAAUGUUUGGGAUUUUCGCAGCUAUUUAUGAGAAGUGGUGUUAAAACCUGCUGAUGCUGAGUGUGUGUAUAAGCCACUAUAGAUGAAUCUCAGAGGUGUCUCAUUUUUGUGGCUAUUUCUUGCUAAGUUCCCUGUGUUCAGUAUUAUUUUGUGGAAGUUGUUUGUAUCUUUGUCGCACUUGGUUAUUUUUGAAUGUUACGACUUCUCAUUAUUCUUAUACCAAAGUUAACCCACACUUGGUUUCACAGUAAUGAUUAAAAACAAUGAUGAUGCAGGCAUUUGUGUAGAUUAAUCUUUAUUUAUUGUCUUGUUGUGUAUUGUUUUUUUAAUUGCUAAAAUAACUGAAGUAGUGCUACAUCUUUCAAUCAUUUCAACGCAUUCUUUGAGCAUUUUAGUAUUUGUAUAAGAUGUAUAUUUGCAUGGAUAAACAAUGUCUGUCACUCGCUACUUCAAGAUUGUACAACCGGUCAAGGCUAAUCUCUAAUUAUAGUUGUUUUAAUGUCGUUUAGUUCCUGUUUAAAGUCAGGUUUGUUGUGAUUUUAUUGAACGUUAAGCCGUGUCAGUAAGCAUGGGUCAACACAAGGUCAGUUUUUUUGUUUUGUUUUGUUCUAAUUUAUUUUGUCGUUAUGUAAAGCUGUACAGAAUCGAACAACUAUGAAGACCCUCGUAGCUACGUCCUAUUUUCUACAUGCGGUCAAAUUCCAUUUUGAAUGCUUUUGGCUCUCACGUUGUUGUGUAAAUUUCUUUGUACAGAAACCAUGCCUUUGCACAUUCUGUGCUGUACAUAUUUUAUUGAGAUUAAACACAUUAAAAAACGUUU